AUUUAAAGAGAUUGGCGUCAGAAAUAGAAUUUUUGUUUAUAAUGAUUUCUUCUCAUUUUCAAGUUUAUUCCAUUUAUAUAUUAAAAACACUUUUUAAUUAAGUGCAAUCUCAAAAAGGCUCUUUGUAAACUACUAAGAGUAAGAGGGUUUAGAAUCAAGUGAAUGACAUCGAUCCUCUUCUGGAACUGGAAGAUAUUUUCUGUUUGUGGCAUAAGCCAUCUUCAUCAGAUCAGAUGCAAUUCAGUUCUGUUCUGGAACCAGAGAAGCACCAUGACUACCACUUACUUCCUGAUUCAGGAUCCGCUUUGGAAACUGGUCUGAAGAAUGGAAGAAGAAGAGAAGGAGCACCGCAUCGGCAUCACAAAGACGAUGUCCCGGAGGAUGUUCCUCUGCAUAGAAAGCCUUACCUCAACAAAUAUGCACUUGCCGGUGCUGUUCUGGCUUCUACAAACUCUAUUCUAUUGGGCUACGACAUUGGGGUGAUGAGUGGCGCAGUGCUUUUCAUCAGGGAGAACCUCAAUGUUACAACAACACAAAUUGAGAUCUUGGUGGGUUCUCUAAAUGUGUGUUCUUUGAUCGGAUCGCUUGCCUCAGGCAAGACUUCUGAUUGUAUCGGCAGGCGUUACACCAUUAUCCUAGCAGCAGCCACAUUUCUUAUAGGUGCUCUUCUUAUGGGCCUCGCACCGUCAUUCUCAUUCCUCAUGGCCGGACGGCUAGUUGCCGGCAUUGGAGUCGGCUACUCCCUUAUGAUUGCUCCGGUGUACGUGGCUGAGCUCUCCCCAGACCUUACUCGAGGCUUUCUCACCUCCCUCCCCGAAGUCUUCAUCAAUGUCGGAAUCCUUCUCGGUUACAUUGCUAACUAUACUUUAUCAGGUCUUCCACCGCACAUAAAUUGGAGACUAAUGCUCGGACUUGCGGCUUUGCCGGCCAUCGCCGUUGCAGUGGGUGUAUUGGCAAUGCCGGAGUCACCGAGGUGGCUGGUCAUGAAAGGCCGCUUAGGCGAAGCAAAGCAGGUUUUAAUCAAUUUAUCAGAAAGCAAAGAGGAAGCCGAAGGGAGAUUAGCAGACAUGGUGAAAGCUGCUUCUUUCUUGGGCCAUGGUGCUUCGUCUUCAAGCAACUGGCAUGGGCAAGGUGUUUGGAAAGAACUAUUGUUAAGACCGUCUCGGCCCGUCCGCCGGAUUCUCAUAGCCGCCAUCGGGGUAAACUUCUUCAUGCAAGCCUCUGGGAAUGACGCAGUUGUGUAUUACAGCCCAGAAGUAUUUAGGGACGCUGGAAUUCACAACAAGAAACAGCUUGUAGGCGUUACAGUCAUCAUGGGGAUUGCCAAGACAUCCUUCGUGUUAAUAUCAGCCUUCUUCUUGGACCGGUUUGGCAGGCGGCCGCUGUUGUUGUUGGGCUCAGUUGGCAUGGCCGUCUCACUGGCUGGGCUGGGCCUGGGCUCCAAGUUUCUGGAGUACUCUAAUGGCAAGCCUGGCUGGGCCAUCGCUUUGUGCGUGGUGGCCGUGUGUGCUGCUGUUUCCUUCUUUUCUAUUGGGCUUGGGCCCAUCACGUGGGUUUACUCAUCGGAGAUAUUCCCAUCGAGGUUAAGGGCCCAAGGUUCGAGCCUGGCGGUUUCGGUGAACCGGUUGGUGAGUGGGUUGGUGGCCAUGACAUUUCUAAGCAUUUCCAGGGAGAUAACAUUUGGGGGCAUGUUUUUUGCUCUCGCCGGAAUCAUGGCCGUGGGUACGGUUUUCUUUUACUACUACUUGCCAGAAACCAAAGGGAAGAGCUUAGAAGAGAUUGGGGCUCUCUUUGAGGAUGAAGCUGAUGAUCAGAAUCCUAAUGUCCUUGUUUCUUAGUACAACUCCUUUGAAGUGUCUCGUGGCGCAAAUGUUGGAAUUCCGGUGAGUUGCAUGGCCGGGAGGCCCGGGACCAGUUGUUGCCGUUGGGCCUAGAGGAGGAUGGAAGUAACUCUUGGAUAUGUAUGGGAAAAUAGCUAAGGAACUGAAAAGCAUCAUUGCAUCGAUUGGAUAAAACUUCUAAAUACUUUCGAAUUAGCUUACAUUAUUUUUGGCUGUGUGCUUAUAUUUUGUUCUUUCUAAUUAUUUUGUAUGUAAAUAUGUACCCAUGAAGUUUGAGUAUGUUAAUCUACUUUCCGGUGGAUC